AUGGCUGCUGUAUGUUACGAUUCUCUCUCUCCUAGUGGGUGCAGACAACCACUAGGUAUGUGCAGGCUGCGCCAUGACAUUACCCAGUGCAAUUGCGGGCUGGUCCUUGACACUUGCAACUAUCAAAGCCACGUACGCGGCCGACGCCAUCAGCAAAUCCUUGCGGGGAUCCAACCACCUGUAUCGAAGCUGGGGACGGGUGGUCGGCCAAAGCAACCAUGCCCUCAUUGUCGUCCCACUCGAGAAUUUUGGGAGAAUGAACUCCAGGCUCAUGUUGCCACGCAUACGGUCCAGGAACGACUGGAGACGGCGUUGCAGGAUGCUCAGAGGAACAAGAAUGGCAUCAUAGUGUCUAACCUAGAAGGUAUCGAUUUCGGAAUCGUCGAUCAGGCUGGGCGACAGUCAGCGGUGUUCGUCGUACUGGUGCAAAGAACGAAUCAAGGUGAUGUGAGCAAGCCAAUUUCUUUGAAAAAGUGCAGGAUGCUCUCUGCUCAGAAGCAGGACGACCAUGACAUAAAGUUUUCUGUCGCUGUAAGCCCAACUUCAAAAUUCAUCGGCUCGUUCCGACCUCACGUGGUCUCCAUAACCUUUCAUCCAUCCUAUGCCGGGUAUUUUGAAGAUACCCUAGAACUGGUAUUCUUCGAUAUUUCCCAGCAUCGCAAUUUUGUCAUCCAGCGAAAGGUCUGUGCUACCGUCGGUGACCUUGCUGAUUACGAACGGCUUGCGCCCAAAGCACCCUAUACUCAGCGGAAGCGACGUAACAUCGCGUUAGACGGUCCCAUCAAACGGAGCCUUCGUCCGCCCACUUGGACCCCGACGAAAUGGGUAUUCAAGCUUCCCCAAUACAACAUUCCUAAGAACCUCGUCGAAACAUUGUACACUCCGGAGGGAUACUUGAAGAGGACCGCUUCAAAGGAUGUCAAGCGAUUCAUGCCUCCGUCGUUCACUACCGCUACGUAUGCGCAGCACUUUCAGACACUCAUUUAUUUAGAAGAGGAGCAGAUGAGGCAAGAUCUGGACGCCUACUCGAUGGUAGGUGUGGAGAUCAAAGCAAACUACCCCAGAUACGAACUUCAAGUAGAUGGACUAGCUGAAGGCCGGCCCUCUGUUCUUGUUGGAGACUUCAUCCUUGUUCGUCCCGUUGGUCAGCCAGACAAAACUUGGUUUGAAGGGCGGGUACAUAAUGUAACCAUGUCGCACGUCAGUCUCCGCUUUAGCGAUGAAUUCAACACGUAUCGCGGAACCAAAUUUGAUGUUCGAUUUGUCUUGAACCGUAUCCCCUUCCGUCGAAUGCACGAUGCCUUGGACAACAAGAACGACCCAGCCCGAUUCCUGUUCCCCGGGCCUGAACACUUGACGACGGCGGGUCCUGUCACUUCGGCUAUGUUGGAGGAGCUCGUGCCUCUAAACCGCGACAUCGGAAGGAACAGGGAACAGUUAGAGACGGUGGCGGCUAUUGUACAUCAGCCAAAGGGGAGUGUGCCAUUCAUUGUCUUCGGACCUCCAGGAACAGGAAAGACGGUGACCAUCGUCGAAGCUAUAGAGCAGCUCCUCAAACGUGACCCCAAUACCCGAAUCCUAGCAUGCACACCGAAUAACUCCGCCGCCGACCUCAUCACACAGAAGCUGAUGCACCUCGGUGCCACAGACGUAUUCCGUAUGAAUUCAAUGACUCGAAAGUUCGGUGACCUCCCCAAGACGCUCCACAAAUUCUCCCUUAUCAACGACAACCAAGCAUUUGCGAUGCCGACCCUAGAAGGUGUUCUCAACUACCGAGUAGUCGUCUCGACGUGCGUUUCCGCUGGCGCCCUGCGCAGCUUGGGCGUGAAACCCGGUCAUUUUGAGUGCAUCUUCAUAGACGAGGCAGGUCAGGGGAAGGAACCUGAGAUCAUGAUACCUAUCAAGGGUCUCGCGAAUAAUUAUACCAACGUAGUUUUGGCGGGAGACCUGAAGCAGUUGGGCCCUAUUGUCCAUUCGAGGUUGGCGAGGGAUCUGGGGUUGAAGGAGAGUUAUUUGGCGCGGUUGAUGCAAAGGCCAUGUUAUGGUUUGUCUCCGUGGGAUGGCGGUGCCAGUGGAGGACUCGGUGUCGUUAUCAUGCAGCUCAUCAAGAAUUUCCGAUCUCAUCCAGAUAUUCUGGCGUUCCCGAAUGAACAAUUCUACGGGAACCUGUUGCAAGCCUGUGGUGAUCCUUUGUUGACAAAGAGCUUGGAAAAUUCGGUUGUGCUCCCGACGAAGAAGUUCCCGAUUGUUUUUCAUUCUGUGGUCGGACGUGACCAGAGGGAGGAAUCGUCGCCGUCGUUCUUCAAUAUUAGCGAAGCAACGCUCGUGAAGAGCUACUGCACAUCGCUAAUGGCCAAGAAGGGAACACGUGCUGAGCAUAUUGGUGUCAUUACUCCAUACCAUGCACAAAGGAUGAAGAUCCUCGAUCUAUUCUAUCGAGAUCCAAAGUUGAGAGAUAUUCGCGUCGGAAGUACCGAAGAGUUCCAAGGACAGGAACGCCGAAUCAUCAUUAUGUCCACCGUUCGGAGUAAUGCAGAGUUCAUUACUUCAGACAUUCGACGGACCCUCGGCUUUGUUGCGAGUCCCUAUCGGUUCAAUGUCGCUGUGACUCGUGCUCAAGCCCUUCUCCUCGUCAUUGGCAACUCAGAUGUGUUGGCCUUCGAUCCUCUAUGGCGCUCGUUCAUGAAUUACAUCCAUAUCAGGGGUGGCUGGCGUGGACACCGGAUUUCGUGGGAUCCAAAGGCCAGUGUGGAUGAUUACGUUGAGGAAGUGAGGAGUAAGGCUGCUGGAGAGGUUGAAGAGACCAUGGCGCGGUUGAAGGCUCUCAUCGUGAAUGUGGCCGACGGCGGUGAUGCCAUACCUCCCGCGGAAACUGAUGACGAGGAAAUCGAUGGAGGCCUCGGUGAUGGAUUAGUCAUGAGAGAGGAAGACUGAGCAUGCAGCAGCAACAUAGUGUCUGUUCAUUGAUCCAUUGUAGCUAAAUCUACUUUAUUUAUGCAAUCAACUUCCUUAGUGAUGUAACCCGCAAAAUUGAGGGAACAUCCAUUGUUUGAUGCAAGUUCAACACAAUGUUGGCCUGGUGCAGUGAGCAUGCAGGAAAGUCAAGGCAAGAUUCUUACGGUGGCUGUCAAAAGGAUUCGAGGUGCCUUAGGGAUAAAAUCCCCACCCGUAACGGUGGGAUGUCUUGGUCAAUGUGAAUGGAAGGACGAAUGAUGAUAGCAGCGCCAUGUGUUGACGCAUGCCCUCAGUUGCAAGUUCGCUGUUUUGGCAUUGUGAUGCUGACUGCAAGCGAAAGUCCAGACAAUCUUGCUCGCUUGUGUGUGCAACUAAUGAUAAGUGUGAUAACUCUGUUACCAAUGAUUCUGGAUGGAUAUAUACUCUUCUCGGAGCUUGC